ACCCCCGCAUCGCUCUGUUCCUCCACCACCGCACGCCCUCCCUCUCCCUCUCUCCCUCUCCCUCCCUCUGCGAGAUUCGCGCGGCGGCGGCGGCGGCGGUCCGGAAUUGGCCUGGCCCUCCCAUCCCGAUGGCGGCGGCGGAUGAUCUGCCGGAGGGGACGUUGCGGAACGUCCUGGAGCAGGAGACCCUGAAGUGGGUGUUCGUCGGGGGGAAGGGCGGCGUCGGGAAGACCACGUGCAGCUCGAUCCUCGCGAUCCUGCUCGCCAGCGUCCGAUCCUCCGUCCUCAUCAUCUCCACCGAUCCGGCCCACAACCUCAGCGACGCCUUCCAGCAGCGGUUCACCAAGUCCCCCACCCUGGUUAACGGAUUCGCGAAUCUGUACGCCAUGGAGGUGGAUCCAAACGUUGAGCAAGAAGACGUAGGUAAUUCCGAAGGGAUGGAUAGCUUAGUCUCUGAGCUGGCGAAUGCGAUUCCUGGGAUUGAUGAGGCAAUGAGCUUUGCGGAGAUGCUGAAAUUGGUGCAAACAAUGGAUUAUUCUGUUAUAGUAUUUGACACAGCUCCAACUGGUCAUACACUACGGUUGUUGCAAUUUCCUUCAACAUUGGAGAAGGGACUUGCAAAAAUGAUGACUUUAAAAAGUAGAUUUGGUGGUCUUAUGAAUCAGAUGACGCGUCUUUUUGGUGUUGAUGAUGAUUUUGGUGAGGAUGCGAUUCUGGGAAAGCUCGAGGGCAUGAAAGAUGUUAUUGAACAAGUAAACAAGCAAUUUAAAGACCCCGACCUGACUACCUUCGUCUGUGUUUGCAUUCCCGAGUUCCUCUCCCUAUAUGAAACGGAGAGACUGGUGCAAGAGCUCACCAAGUUUGAGAUCGACACUCAUAAUAUAAUCAUUAACCAAGUGCUUUAUGAUGAAGAAGGUGCUGAGUCAAAGUUGCUCAAAGCUAGAAUGAGGAUGCAACAGAAGUACAUUGAUCAGUUCUACAUGUUGUAUGAUGAUUUUCACAUGACCAAGCUCCCUUUGCUUCCAGAAGAGGUUACUGGAGUUGAUGCUCUCAAGGCUUUUUCGCAGCAUUUUCUAUCACCUUAUCAACCUUCAACCACUAGAGGUAGUGUGGAAGGCCUGGAGCGAAGAAUUGCCACGCUAAGGCAACAGUUAAUUGAUGCUGAAGCAGAGCUAGAGAGACUUAAGAAAGGAAAACAAGAGGCCUAAGUUGUUCUCUUCAAUUAUUUGCCAUUUUCUCCCUGUUCCCCUUUUCAGUCCCCUUUUUACACAAUUUACUUGGGCCUCUGGUCAAUUUUUUUUUUAGCCGCUGGAUGUGUCAUCCACUGUAUCCCAUUAUUUAUCUACUUGUAGAAUUGAUUUUUAUUGGUUCUUAGUAUAAGCAUUCUUAUGUAAUGCAAAGCUAUAUCAGCCUCCCUUUUUUCCAA